AUGAGGAGGAACGGGGGGAAAAACAGAGAGAAGGUGCGAAAGGACGGAGAGAGGAGAGACCCCGGGCAGCGAGGCGGCACCGAGAGACUGAAAUACCUGAAAUCUGUCUGGAAAGGGAGCGGGCGAGGACCUUCGGUAAGGGACAUGGUCACUGCAUCUCGACUCUCUCAGCCAAUCGGGGUGCUGCUCCAUGUGUCCUGGCAGCUCUGGGGAGGAGGAACGGGUAGUCUGGCUCUGUCCCCUGAGCGGGUGGGGCUGGACUCUGGCAGGAUGAUGAAACCCAAGAAGAAGAAGCAGGACCCAGUCCAGACUAACGGUUCUGAUGCCAAGCCCAAAAAGACCAAGGCCAAAAAGAGCGAAGAUCUGUCUGAAGACGAGGAGAGCACGCCUACACAGAAUGGGAAGAAAGUGAAGAAAAAGAAACCAGAGAAGGAAAAGGAAGACCUGUCAGAUAAGACUGAGCCAAAGAAGAAGACCAAAAGUGCACCUAAGAAGAAGAAGAGCUCAGAUGAUGAGGAUGAUGAUGAUGACGAUGAGGAUGACACCCCCCAAAAGAAAACGAAGAAAAAGACCACAAAGGAAAGCACAGCGGCAGAUGCCAAGGAAAAGAAGUCAAAAGCCAAAGAAGACAAAAGUGAAUCAUCAGAUGGUAAAGGAAAAUCAUCCAAAACCAAAAAAAGUGAGCCAGCUGCCAUGUUCAUGAUAAACGGGGAGAAGCCAGAGAAGAGCAAGAAGAAGGCCUCCAAAUCUGACAGUGAUGACAGCGAACCAGAGUCCAAGACCGGCAAGACGAAGAAGAAGGCCAAUGCCAACCCAGCCUCCAUGUUCCAAGCAUCAACAGAUAAGGAAAAGGACAAGGAUAAAGACAAGGAUAAGGAUAAAGACAAGGACAAAGAUAAAGACAAAGACAAGGACAAGGACAAAAAGGGGAAGAAGAAAGGGUCCUCAAAAGCUGAGGAGAGUGAGGAGGAUGACUCAGAGGUGACACAGAAGAAGAAGAAGGGAAAAGGGAAGAAGGGAAAGAAGGAGGAGAGGCCCCCAUCACCCGUAAUCGAGUUUGACAACCUGGAGCAGUUCGUGCUGCAGCCAGCGCCACAAGGCGUUACGGUGAAGUGUAGAGUUACCAGGGACAAGAGGGGCAUGGACCGCGGCCUCUAUCCCACCUACUACCUACAUCUGGACAAUGAGAAGAAGGUCUUCCUGCUGGCUGGGAGGAAGAGGAAAAAGAGCACAACCUCCAAUUAUCUGAUUUCUGUAGAUCCCACAGACUUGUCUAGGGGUGGUGAGAACUUUAUUGGGAAGUUAAGGUCAAAUUUGAUGGGGACCAAGUUCACGGUUUACGACAAUGCACUCCACCCUGACAGAGCACUUCCUGACAUGUCAAACGCCCGGCAGGAGCUUGCUGCCAUCAUUUACGAGACAAACGUCCUGGGCAUGAAAGGCCCCCGGCGCAUGACAGUGAUCAUACCGGGGAUGAACGAGGACUGUGAACGAGUGCCGAUUCGACCUCGAAGCGAGAACGAUGGCCUCCUGAUCCGCUUUCAAAACAGACACAUGGAGAACCUGAUCGAGCUUCGCAAUAAGACACCCGUGUGGAAUGAGGAGACGGCGUCCCACGUGCUCAACUUCGCGGGACGGGUCACCCAGGCCUCCAUCAAGAACUUCCAGAUCAUCCAUAGCCAAGACCAGGACUACAUUGUGAUGCAGUUUGGGAGAGUGGCAGACGAUGCCUUCACGUUAGACUACAACUAUCCCCUGUGCGCAGUGCAAGCCUUCGCUAUCGCCUUGUCAAGCUUUGAUGGCAAAAUAGCUUGCGAAUAA